GCAGCCAGAAAAAAAAACGAUGUCUUCACCACAUCUAAGAAAAACUUUGUAGAGCUAAAGAAUUUAUCCUGUCUAAAUAAAUGGAUCUUACUAAAAUUUUCACUAUCCUGCCAUUCUUGAUUUGCCUUGCCAUCAAUCCUUCUGAAGCACAGGUUGCACCGCCCAUUUAUGUGUACCAUAUUUGCUCAAACGCCACUACUUUCACCAGAAUCAAUUCCUACAAUCGUUAUCGAGUCCUAUCUGCAAUUUCAACCAAUACAAUAGACCGCCCAAAUAAGUUUUACGACGCCUCCGAGGGCGGCGGCGAGAACCGUGUCUCCGGACUUUUUCUUUGUUAUGGCGGCAUUAGUGUUGAAGUCUGCCAACUUUGUGUUACAACUGCCAUCGAGAACAUCGUCAGACUUUGCCCCACCGAAAGAAUGGCCAUACUAUGGUACGCCGAGUGCGUCCUGAGAUAUUCCGACAAAACAAUUUAUUCAAUUAUCGAAUUAGCACCUACCAUAUAUAUAUGGAAUACACAGGAUAUUACCGGAACGGACCACUCAAUAUUUAACACGAUUGUGGCCACCACUAUGACGAACGCAGCAACUCAGGCAGCAAGUGCUCUACAAGGUAGUAUCAAGUUUGGAGUAAAAUCAGAAAAUGUUACGGCAUUUCAAACGGUAUACGCCUACGCGCAGUGCACGCCGGACCUCUCCGGCGGUGACUGUUCUUAUUGUCUUCAGGCUGCUAUCUCACAGUUGCCAACUUGUUGUGACGGAAAGCAAGGGGGAAGGGUUUUGUGUCCGAGCUGUAACAUUCGGUAUGAAAUUUAUUCAUUUUUUAAUGAAACAGGGUAUAAUCGCGAGGUUUAUCCUAACAAAACAAAUGAGGAAGUGACUUAUGUGAUAGUGAAUCCAUCUUCGCUAACCCGGGUCGGUCGGUUGGAGUAUUGGUCGGGGGUAUUUUCGUCAUAUUUGGAGCAAAAGGAGUUUUGUGAGCGCCGCCUCAAAGUUCAGAGGGUUUACCGUCCGUUUUUAAACAUCAGGGGCUUUAGCGUCCGUACCCCUAAAAUUGAGGUGCCAUGGGUGAUUAUUAGCCUCUACAUCAUCAACAAUACCAAGAUCAUCACUAGGUCUUCGAUCCUUAGCAUUUCGACCACCCUCUUCUUUCGACCCUCGAUCUGGUCAAGCAUUUCGGGUCCUUCCCUCACUUCGUUCAUGAUACUCGGUAUAUGGAUCUCGUCUCUAACAGAGACGAAGCUUGUCUUUGUCUCUGUUAUAGACGAGAUCGUCUCUGGUAACAGAAAUGUGGAAGGGAAUAGAGCAUCUAACGUUUUGGCUCUUUAUGACACAGAUGAUGUUGAUCAGUGUUUUAAAAACCAAACCGGUAGCCGAGCCGGUGAGCCUCUUUUACUGACUUCUAUCUUACUUACAAAAAGUUCAGGAAAAGGAAGCAAAGGAUUGUUAAGUAAAGUCUUGGCAGGCGUUUCUGGAGCAAUUGUGGGAAUAUUGCUAUUAUCUUUUUCCAUUUAUGCUGUGUGGAGAAAAAAACAUCAAAAAAAAGGGUAUAACAAAAUUCAUGUCAUUACAUUAGGGUCAUUUUUGUACCUUAACCCUAUUAACUACAAUGAUUUGCUGUAUGCAGAGGAGGUGGUUCAGUCACUGGACCUGAGAAGAGGAGAUAACUAUUCAGGUGAUAAUAUUAUAGGAGAGAUGCCAGUAAAUUACUCUCAGGAUUUUCCUAUGAUUUCAUUUGACAUCAUAAAAGAAGCAACAAAUAAUUUUUCCGGGACGAAACUCGGAGAAGGUGGAUUUGGCCCAGUGUAUAAGGGUACAUUACAAGAUGGCAAAGAAAUUGCAGUUAAGAGGCUCUCAAGAACUUCGGGUCAAGGACUACAGGAAUUCAUGGACGAAAUUACUUUAAUUGCCAGAUUACAACAUCGAAACCUUGUCAGACUCCUCGGUUGUUGUUUAGAAGAAACUGAGAAAUUGCUCAUCUAUGAGUACAUGCCUAACAGAAGCCUUGAUGUCUUUCUUUUUGAUUCAAAUAUGAGUACACACCUUGAUUGGCAAAGACGUUUUAUCAUCAUCAAUGGGGUUGCCAAAGGUAUCUUAUAUCUCCAUGAAGAUUCUCGACUUCGAGUAAUUCACCGAGAUUUAAAAGCCAGUAAUGUUUUGCUCGAUUAUGAAAUGAAUCCAAAAAUAUCGGAUUUCGGAAUGGCGAGAAUUUUUGGGGGAAAUGAUAGCAAAAGUACAAAUACAAUUGUUGGUACUUAUGGAUAUAUGUCUCCAGAGUAUGCAUUGGAAGGGCUAUUCUCUGUGAAAUCGGAUGUUUUUAGCUUUGGAGUUCUCGUAUUGGAAAUCAUUAGCGGAAGAAGAAACAACCGAUUCUAUCUAUCAGAAGAGGGUGAAUGCCUCCUAAUGUUUGCCUGGAAACUGUGGCAUAAAGGGCAGGGAAUGGAAUUGAUAGAUCCGUCGCUUGCGGAAACAAGCGUGGCGACUGAGGUGCUAAAAUGUGUGCACAUUGGACUGUUGUGCGUGCAAGAUGAGCCAGCAGAAAGACCCACAAUGUCAUCUCUAGUUGUUAUGUUAGCAAGUGAAACCAUUACACUUCCUCAACCCAAACAACCUCUAUUUUCUGUUGGCCAAUUAGUUGGAAGACCAUCAAUAUCAGCAUCAACUUCAAAAGUUAAUUCUGUGAAUCAGGUAACAUUUUCAAGUGUAUCACCUUGUUGAGUACGUUCACUUCAUUCAAACGCCUCGUCCAAGAGAAUUAUACAGCAAAUAAAACCUUAGUUGUUGUACAGUUUACAUAUUGUUUAAUAUAUUGGUAACUGAACCUUAAUGCCAUACAAAAUAUUGGCUGGAUUAUGCCUUCUAUGUUAUCAUAUAAUCACUUCAUGCAAA